GCCGCGCCGCCCGCAUCCCCGCAAACCGCACCUCGACCCGUCCCUUAUCCCAUCCUGCAUCUCCCUUAUCGAAUCAGCAAACCCUCCAGCCCAUAAUAUUCGUCAUAAUGUCAGACUCCCACGACGAUUCUGACGGGCCUGAGAGCCGUCGCAAGAGGAUUCGCCAAGCCUGCCUCAAUUGUAGGAAGAAAAAAGUUCGCUGCACGGGUGAGAAACCGAUAUGUCAGUUUUGUAAUCGGCUUGGCCAGCCUUGUGUUUAUGCGGAGGAUGGGAGGAGUCUUAGAAGGACGAGUUUGGCUGUUCAGCCUGCUUUGGGGGAUGUGCCUGAGGCUAUUAUGGAUAACAUCACGUCGCGGUUUGUUUCUUUAGAAGAUCAGAUAUCAACGCUGCAAGCGACAGUCGAAAGACUGCUGCCGCUCGUCACAAGUCAACAACCACCCAACAAACGCACUCACUACCAAGCCAACACCCCAGCCCCCGUUCUUCUUCAAACCCCCUCCACCAUACAAUCUCAUGCCAAUGAACGCCCUCAAUCAAGUUCCCUGCUCUUUGCUGCUGAUGUCUACUUCCGCUACUGUCACAGCCAACCUUACUCCCUCUUUCACGAGCCUACCUUUCGGCAACGCCUUGCUGAUGACACGUUGCCAACCUAUUUACUCUGGGGAUUCUUGUCGGCGGCAAGACGAUAUUCGUCUCUCCCAGUCACCCAAGUCAACUGUCCUGAUGAUGCAUCUAGCUAUGCUGCCAAGGCUUGGGAAAGUAUAGAACUUCCUUGGACUGGUAAUGCGCCGGCGGAAAAGAUUUUGACAGUCAUCCAGACCAUCAUAUUGAUAGUAAGCACUGAGGUUCCGGCCGGUCUCUGUAGCCAAGCCCAUAUGAAGCUCGGUUUUGCCAUUCGUCUUGCUCAGAAUAACAGGUUUCACCUGGAACCCGACCCAUCACUACCUGCGGCAGAACGCGAGGAACGAAAACGGACUUUCUGGUCUCUGUAUCUACAAGACAAACUCAUCAGUCUUUCUCGUGGGCGCUUCUCCGGCAUCCGGGACGAGGAAUGCAAGGUGUCUUUACCAUGCUCCGAGGAUGCAUUCAAGGAGGGCCGCGAGGAAAAGACACCCUUUCUCGAUGAACUGACGGGUGAUUGCGUCGAACAAGAAGCUAUCGACGGAUGCUGUCCACUUGGUCUCAUCAAUGUGAUGGCAUCUAUUCUUGGUCGUGUCUCGCAUUACGUUUUGCAUGAUACCCAAACUUCUCAGAUGGGACUUCCUUGGUCUUCGACAGCGCCUUACGCCACUCUAUCAUCGGCAUUGCUCCAAGCAGAACACUACUUCGGGAUGAAUGAAGACCCAGCGGAAAGCCUCAAGCAACGAUGCACGGUCGACGGUGUCGUUGAUCAACUCCUCGCAGGCUCCUUCAUCUUCGCCAAGGCUAUGUUCCACUUAUCUCACUGUCUACUUCAUCAUCCAUUCCUGAUUCAACAACGGCUUCAAUCCGGCAAACAAAAGGCCCCAUCAGUUUUCAUGAAGACGGCCUGGGAAAAGUGUAGAACUCACGCGAAGAGCAUCACGAAUCUACUGGAUAUGAAGAAUCAGAAUGUUCUUAUACUAACCUCAAUUUAUGGAUACUGUAUCAUGGUUGCUGGUACAAUUCAUGCCCUAUCUACGAACGAUGAGAGAGACCAUAUUCGAAAGGAGAGUCAGAGGCACUACCGUGCUGCUAGGGAAUCAUUACAAGACCUAUCAUGUUACUGGAACCACGCUGCUCUGAUGGUUAAACGAUUGGAAAGGUUCCACAGCCAGUGUGAGACUCGCGGUCAAGAGCUUUCACCCUCAAACGUCGAGCGAACUCCUGGAGACGUCAAAGCUCUGUGGCAAAGUGUCGACUACACCUCCUUGUCAACUCCAACGAGACCUGGAAGCCCGACGCUGGCAGGUCAAACCUCAGUUGAAGCCGAUUGGGCUUUAUCGACGGAUAUGUUUGACUUUAGUGGCUUUGGCGGAUUUGCAGAAGGAGUUGAUGUCUUUAGUAUCUCGUUUGUUGAUGGCGAUAUGACUCUCGGUGACGAAAUUCCGAAUAUGGUGCAAAAUUAAGCAGCUCCGGGAAACGCAGAUUGAUAUCGACUUCGAAGAUCGGGUAUGAAAAAAGGAAGUCGUGCUUUUUCUAUAAGUAGCCACCUAUUUAUCUUGCAACGUUCUAGCUAGGUCCCAAGGAUGACACGCCAAUCAUGGAUCACUACCAAACACAAUACCAUUCUUCUUCCUCAUAUCCUCCAUCGUCGUGAGAACACUUCGACUAAGUGCCCUCAAGUCAGCUUCAGCUUCCCGAUCACUCUCCUUAAUGAUACGUCCAAGCUCCUUGGCCUCCCAAGUCAGGUUCAACAUAUCUGUAUACUCAGGGCUGGUAUCUCCCAGCUCCUCAGACUCUUGUGAUCCUCUUGGGAUGAACUCCAUAGUACAGAUGUCUGUGACGUUCGAAGCCUGACCACCAAAGAUCUUGAUGGUUCCCUUCUCACAGUAGAUCUCGGUUGGUGCUUGGGAGUCAUAAAUCUUGCUCGUGCGGGCCGAGAGUGUAAAGCUCUGCUGGUGCUUUGAAGACUCAGGCGUGUACUGGAACACGAUGAGACCACCGCCAUCGACACCUGUUUCGAGGAUGACUGGGAAGUAUGUCUGAGACGAGGGUUUGCCAAAGAGUCGGACAGCGAAUGUGACAGGAUAGCAACCCAUAUCCCAUAAACAGCCUCCACUGAACCUGGGAGACGCAACAUUUGGAACGUUGCCUUCUGUGAUGUCUCCAAAUAAUGGCGAAUACACUGCCAUCGAGAGGCUUGCGCCAUAAAUCUUCCCAAACUUCUCCGUCCUGGUCUUCUCAUCAUCAAGUAGCCUCUGAAGUCUCUUGAAGUUUGGCUCUUGAAUGUGGCGAUAAGCUUCUAGAAUGAAGAGACCCUUGGAGUCGGCGAGCUCGUAAAGGGCUUCGAGCUCCUUCAUGUUGGAGGCGAAGGGCUUUUCCAUGAUUACAUGUUUGCCAGAAUUCAAAGAUUUGAUGCCCUGAUCAUAGUGCAACGAGUUGGGUGAUGCGAUGUACACAACAUCGAUGUUGGAACCUUUGGACAGCAUGGUGUCCAAAUCAUCGUAAGCUUCCACUCUAGAAGCUUCCUUGAUCGAGGGCGUCUCUGAAAUGAAAUUGCUUGCGGUGUCGAGCUUUCUUGAAUACACAGCAGUGAGUUGAAAUAGUUUGCUCUCAUGGCAUGAUUGAACAAAAGAGUUGGUGAUCCAAUUCGUCCCCACGACAGCGAGGCCAAAUGGAGCAGACAUGGUGAGCUGAUUGAUCUUGAAAUUUCAAGAAUAAAAAUAUUAUGCGAAGAAAAAUUGAGUGAUCGAGAACCGAAACUCUGACUUUCUUAUAGCUGUAAAUACGUGACAUCAUGGCGAUGACGGUGAGAAGUCCGUAACCUGAAAAUUGACAUUCGUGAGGCCAUUUGGCGGCACAGCAUUUGGAGUGUUACCUCAAUCUGGCAAUUGUCGGCGAGUCUAAGGGAAUAAGGGCGGAAGAGUGCAUUAGUGGAUUAGGUGAGGUGAACCGAUCAACGGUCUACUCUUUGCUUCCCUGUAGAACAUCAAAGACACGAGAUUAUCGCACCGACGUAAUGAAAGGUGAUUCCGAAUGAGCCGUUUGCAUAACAAUUCGGUAUCUG